ACGAUAUGUGUAUAUGUAAAUAUAUUUUGAGUAAGUUGGCAGGACCAUCAGUGCAAGAUAUAAUUCGUGAAAUUCCGCAAUAUUCAUAAAAAAUGAAAAAUACAAAAAAGAAAACGCCCAAAUCAAAAACUCCCAAUGCCAUGAAUAUUGAAAAAGAAUACGGCGUUGAAAACAUCACAGGAAAGCGCUUCUGCCAAGGAGAAACGCAGUAUUUUGUUAAAUGGGAGGGCUUUGCGCCAGAGAGCAGCACGUGGGAGCCAAUGAAGAACCUUGGGAACUGCAUCCAUCUGUUGGCCCAAUUUGAAAACCAUGUCUACUACUAUAAUAGUUGCAGCAAACCGGAAGACCAAAAGCCUAUUCAAAUCUACGAUUGGAAUAAAAAAGUUGUCCAGCUGAGCGAAUCCAGAGCCGAGGAAACAUCGCCGGCUUUUGAACCAGUAACCCCAGCAAAAAGUCAAAGGGUGUCGUCAGCCACAUCCUCCUACUCCUCCUCCUCUUCCUCAUCCUCUUCCACCUCUUCGCUUUCCCAACCCCAACCAGAUCCAGUUCUGCCUACCAAGCAAACCAAACCCCCACCACAACCAGAUCUCCCUACCAAUGAAAAAAAAGUAAAGUUCGGCGACAUACUGGAUGCUGAAAAGAAGCAUAAGAAAGACGAAGAGAGGAAGCUAUCUACGACCACCGAAAAUACUCACCUCAAAAGCUCCCUUGAGGGUGACGAGGACUGUAGUACUUCAGAGGAUGAGGAGGAUGAACAGGAUGAAAUUUCUGGCUUAGCGCUUGGGCUCAAGCUGGAAAGCGUGAUCCACAAAUUUCAAGUGAGAGAUGAUUUGUAUCUAGUCGUAAAGUGGAUUGGCCGCGAUGAGCCUGAUAUGGUCCAUAUCGAUGAUAUAAAAGAUUUAUAUUCACAUGAAAUAAAUCAAUAUUUCCACACUAUUCAACAGAUCAAAGAUGACCUGGUAAAAUUUGGCUCUAGCAAUGGGAACAACAACAAAUAGCAGAUGCGUCAAGUUCAGGGUCGACGCUCUUAAAUUUGCUUUCCUUUUCUUUGUUUUUGAUCAUUUUCAUAUCUUUUUAAAGUAUUUACAGCAAUGUGUAUUUACUCGAAUGUACCGAAAGUACACCUUCUUUCACACAUAAUUUGUAUGCUCGCGAAGAGCUUCUAUUAAGAACUUGUUUAAAUAUUAUUAAGAAAUUAUAGACUAUAGUUUAAAGUUAGUACAUUACGUUGGACGAAGUUAACUACGAAGGAAUCAAUGAAACUAGCUAUUAUUUGAAACAAUAAGUUUGUUAUACCGUUUAAAGUUUGAAAGCUCAGUCAGAUCUAUUACUUAUCACAAUGAACAAAGAAUUUGCAUAAACAAUUUUCCAAUAAAUAUGUGUAUUAGUAUAGCCAA